AUGCUGCCAUCAAGUGGGCUGGGCACCACUAUACAUGCCGUAGCAGCCAAUGCACUCAGAAAGCAAAUCGAUCAUUGCAUAGAAGGGGGCCACCUGAGGGUAAGCGGAUCGUCUGUGGGGAUGUCCUGCUCGUUACGAAACUUGGUAUCCGCUUCGGCUUUGUCGCAUGGCGUCACGAAGCUGCUGGGCCUCUCGGUGACGAACUCAAUCCGGGCUACUGUUGAAUGGGGAGUAAUCACGUGGAGGGCAGCAACAGCGUUCCUUUACAAGCCAGCUUUGUUCAGCAGCAGCACUGGGUCGCUCGUUGUUUGGCUGUUGUCUGUUCGAUGGCUCUGUCCGAACAUGGGAAUAAAUCUGGUCACAGGAGUGAUGAAGCUUGUUCAAAAUCGGCAGCAUGUCUGUUUGUUUGUCUCUCUCUGUCUGUCUGUCUCUCUGUCUCUGUCCCUCUGUCUGUUCAUGCCACAAAGCCUGCGUGCCAGGACUGGGUGGGACAUUGCCGUGUCCAGGACAGCGAAGUGGCCUUGCUGGCAGAUUGUUUGA